AUGUAUCAACAUGCCUUAGAAAGUGUCUUCGAGGAAGAUAAGAUGCGUCUCAUCACACCCGAAUCCUCCAGUCACCCGAGCGAGAGUGAAGCACUGAGACCUGGGGCGGCACAGGAGUCUGAGCUACCCGCCACCAGCAGGGAAGGGGAAACACGGAAGUCUGGGAUCCCCCAAUCACCUGAUACACGAGCGGCACCGACUCCCGCACGGAGAGACCCCGAGGCAGAAUCCGAUCUCCGUGACGCCAGCAUCGAGGGGAACAUGGCGGCCGUGAAAGGGAUCCUGGAAGCAGGUUGGGUUGACGUCAACAGCAGAGGUGGGGACAGCCUGACCCCUGUGAUGAGGGCAGCACUGAGGGGACACAGAAAAGUAGUGGAGCUCCUGGUGAGGGAAGGAGCUGAUGUGUCGCUGGUGAACGUGUACGGUGACAACAUCCUUCACUUGGCCUGUCGGGGAGGACACAUGGAGACGGUGAAGUUUGUCCUGUCCCUGAACGUGGUGGACAUCAACAGUACAGGAUGGAGGAGCAGGACACCGGUGAUGGAGGCAGCAGUCUGGGGACACAGUGACGUGGUGGAGCUCCUGGUGAGUGAAGGAGCUGAUGUGUCACGGGUGAACGUGUACGGUGACAACAUCCUUCACUUGGCCUGUCGGGGAGGACACAUGGGGACGGUGAAGUUUGUCCUGUCCCUGAAGUUCGCGGACAUCAACAGUAGGGGAUGGAGGAGCAGGACACCGAUGAUAAAAGCAGUAUUGAAGGGACACAGAGAAGUGGUGGAGUUCCUGGUGAGUGAAGGAGCUGAUGUGUCACUGGUGAACGUGUACGGUGACAACAUCCUUCACAUGGCCUGUCGGGGAGGACACAUGGAGACGGUGAAGUUUGUCCCGUCCCUGAACAUGGUGGACAUCAACAGUAGAGGAUGGAGGAGCAGGACACCGGUGAUGAGGGCGACAGUGGUGGGACACAGAGAAGUGGUGGAGCUCCUGGUGAGUGAAGGAGCUGAUGUGUCACUGGUGGACGAUGACGGUAACAACAUCUUUCAGUUGGCCUGCGCGGGAGGAGACGUGGGUACGGUGAAGUUUGUGCUGUCACUAAACGUGGUGGACAUCGACGCCAUGAACAACAUUGGACAGACAGCGGGCGACAGGGCGAGGCUCAGGAGAUAUCAGAAAAUUGUGAAACUUUUGGAGCCGCCUCGCUGUCAUGUGAUGUAA